AUGUGGAAGGCAGCUCUGUUUGUGUUUGUGCUGCUGAACCUAGCUGAGGACGAGGUUUUUUCAAGAAAUGUCUCCACCAGCUCUGCUCCUUUCUUGGGAAAACUUUUGGUGGUUCCGAUGGAUGGCAGUCACUGGGUGGGCAUGAAGGCAAUCGCUCAAGAAAUGGGACGUCGCGGGCACCAGGUGACAGUGGUGAUGCCAGAAGUCACGGUACGCAUGGGACCAGGGGCGCACUACCAGACUGUCACUUUCCCCGUGCCAUAUGACAAGUCCUUCAUUGACUCAGUGAUGGCCUUCAACAAAGCUGUGAUGAGUAAAGACACCCUGCCCUUUAUGGAGAAGAUGAGGAGAAGGAUAGCACAAGUUAAGAGAAUAACAGAUCUGCUUCACACAACAGCAGAGAGCCUUCUGUUCAACGAGACUGUCAUUUCACAUCUGCAGCAACAGGGGUUUGACGCUAUGCUGACAGAUCCUAUGGUUCCAACUGGUUCAAUAAUGGCUCGUAAAUUUGGUCUUCCCACUAUAAACGUACUUAGAGGGAUUCCAUGUAUGUUGGAUAUGAAGUCAGCAGGAUGCCCGUCUCCACCGUCAUUUGUGCCUCGCUUUUUUACUGGGUUCACCGACAAAAUGAGCUUCACACAAAGAGUUUUCAACACUAUGCUGGCAUUGUUUGAACCGCUGAUGUGCUCUUUGCUCUACUGGCGUUUUGAUGGAAUAACCUCUGAGUUUCUUGGACAGGAUGUAACUGUGGCUGAAAUUCUGUCUGAUUCCAAUAUCUGGCUGCUAAGGUUGGAUUUCACAGUAGAGUAUCCUCGUCCUCUUAUGCCAAAUAUGGUUCUUGUUGGCGGCAUCAACUGUAAUGUAAGAAAUCCUCUGCCAAAUGACCUCCAGCCAUGGAUUUCAGGAGACCAUGGUUUUGUGGUGAUGACCUUCGGUACCAUGGUGACUGAAAUGCCGAAGGAAAUGAGAAAACAUUUUUUUGAUGCAUUUAAACAAAUUCCUCAAAAGGUCAUUUGGAGAUACAAUGGGUCAGUUCCUGAACAGAUCCCUGAAAAUGUGAAGUUGAUGAAUUGGGUUCCUCAGAACGACUUAUUAGCACAUCCUCAGGCCAAAGCUUUCAUAACUCACGUUGGGUCACACAGUGUCUUUGAGGCACUGUGCCAUGCUGUUCCUAUGAUCAUGCUGCCUUUAAAUGCAGAACAGCCUGACAACGCACAGAGGAUGGCAAACAGGGGUGCAGGAGUCGUUUUGGAUAUUCGUACAAUCACCACCGAGACCCUUUUAGAUGCACUGAAGGAAGUCAUCAAUAAUCCAAAGUACAAGGAGAAAAUACAGACGCUGUCAACAAUCCACAAAGACCGUCCUGUUGACCCGCUUGAGUUGUCCGUGUACUGGACAGAGUGGGAACAUUGUAUACUCUACAGCCAAAGCAACAGUAAAAGCAGCGAAGCCCCAUUUGAAUCCUUUCAGAAGAACCUCAGACAGAGUCACAGCACGAGCAAAGCCGCCUGA